CUCAGACACAGCACAGGACGCACGACCUGCGGGGGGGGGAAGUAAAAAAUGGAAAUGAGUAAAAACUGGAGGAGGGAAUAAGUGUGUGCAUGGGAAUUGCCAUCAUAUCACCUUCAUCAUGGCUCAGAAAAACACGUCGGGACCAAACACAAUCCCGAGACUUGUCGUCAAGAUUAUAGGCAGCAAACAUGUCAAGCAGUUCAUCCACGAGCGACAAGAAGAUACGCAACACGCGCCAGAGGAAACGGCAGCAGCGAAGGGUUCACGUGAGGAUUCUGAGAAACCUCCUGAAAAACAAGACGGGAUUGAGUCUGUGUCUCACCCACGGCUGCACAACAGAGCGGACUCUGUACUGUGGGCUGGAAUUAACCAGGUUCCUGACAGGCUGUGUGUGACAGCACCCUCUGGUGAUCGCUCCAGGUCCUACAUCCACCCGAGGACUCCACACGUCACUGGACGCAGAGUAACUGCAGCGCUGGAGACAACACGAGAAUCACUCGAGGACACAGAGAGGUGCAAGCUUUCCUCUGCAGUCAGAGAGGAACUGUGUGACUGGCCGAUUUCCUCUCUGAGGUCAGCAGAGGACGAAAUGGCAGCUCUGGAUCCGUCCUCCAGUGGGACAGUCCACCGAUCCCAGAUCACUCACCUGUUUCUGAAACAUGACGUUCCACUGAAAUUGCCAACGUUUUCUCUGCUGCUCCAUGAGUUUUCUGACAUAAACGACCCCGUUCUGAUCUAUUACCGAAAACUGUUACAGUUCCUCGAAGCCUCUGCAUUCUCCACGGAGAGUGGGAGGUAAAGAGUGCGACAUGAAAAGAUUCUAGAGCGGCCUCGUGACAAAGCUUCUUCUGCUCCCGAGAGUGAAGAUGACAACUGUCCCAUCUUGAAUAUGAGCACACAGUCGGGGAGGUCAUGUGAUAGAAGUAGCCGUCUACCCAUUUCGUUUAUUAGUUUAAAAUGUUCUGACCACCUGCUUAUUAGAAGCUUUUUAAUGUUUAGUGUGUUUAAUCAAGGACAUUUGAUUGAAUUACAUCAUUAUGUCAAAGUAUGUAUGCACCUUUGAAAAAGAACAGCAGCGGUAGUUGUAGUAAACGUUGACUUUGCCAACGCAGUUACCUGAGACUGUUGUACACUGCAGCUGUGGCAUGAAGACAGGAGUCGGAUUUUAAUGCCAGUCUGCAGAGCGGAUGGAUAACGGAAAUUUGGCAGCCUGGUUCCAGACCUGGAGUCAUCGUUCACCCGUGUCAUACUUUGUUUUCGUGAGUGAGAGCUUCAGUGCUCUCCUGCCAGCUGGAGAAGCAAUUGACCAAUCAGAGCUUUGCAGAACGUAAAAAGUGGUUGCGAGUAUCCUGUAGGAAGCAAAGCACUCAAAAACAUGGUGGAAACAUAGUGGAUUCUUCAUUUUAUAAACAACAAUCAAGGUUUAAAGAUCCAAUAAUCCUGCGUAGGAAGUGACUCUCUGCCCAAGAUAGUUGUAUUUAUUAUAUAUUUACAGACAUGCUGCCUAUAGAGCUCUGGAUGGUACGACUUUUUGUGAAAUUUUCCCUCAUCCUAAAAUUAGAAAUUGCAAUAAAAGCACGCAACAUAGACAAGAUAAGUGUUGGAUUAUGUACCUGAUAUGAAGUGAUUAGUACACAAGCAGAAUCAGUUGCCAGUGGGUUCCCAUCACUCCGUCUUCUAUGCUCGCUUUGAGCGCGUUUUGUGGUAGCGAUCGUUGAGGAAACAAGUUGCCUGACAUACAGUAGUUCCUUGUAUUUGUGCUGCCCGUUAUAUUUGUCUGUUGUGCAUGUAAAAAAAAAAGUGUGGCAUCCUGCCAAAAAUGGCAUUGUUUUGAUUCUGACUCUUGCAUGACAGGAUUUUCACAACACCCAGAACUCUAUAAGACCUUUGAGGUUUAGAUAAAUACAGUCUAGUUCACGCCCUGAUUCGCGUGCUUGGCAUAUAUAGAUCAA